UGCAUCAGAGGGAAGGAGGCGCACAGACCAUCCAAUGGGCAGAUCCCUGAACGAAGCGAAGCAGCUUCAACUCUUACAGUAGAAACUUUUUCUCUGCUCUGAGCUAGACACGAGAGGCAUCACGAGCUUGGACAAUUCGCCCUCCCAAUCCUCGGCAACCACGACCAACCUGUCUCGACAAUAGCCGGCUGGAGGGGUGGUUAAAUCUGUUUGCUCCUUUAUUUAUUUAUAUAUUUCCUUUCCGACCCCCCAAACUCCACACUCCAGCAUGAAGCGAGUAAGGAUAGCGAGCCGCAUGCUCGCCGCUGCACCCAGAGCCAUCCGCGCUUCGAGAACAUCACACCAGCUGCCCAUCUGUGCAACGAGGCAUGCGAGCACGAUAUCACAACAAGAUGCUGUCGACCCCGUGACCGACAUCAACAGGCAGCUUUCAGACCAGGAUGCCCGACAACUUGCCGCCGAAAUCGACGCUCAAACAUCUAUCCCUUUACCCUCACCACCCCCUUCCAGGGCCAGAUACUCGGCGAAAUUAGCUGCAUUGCAUGCACGACUCUCUCUCUCCCCCAAGAUCCCCGUCGAGACUCUCGCCCGCGCCUUGAUCGAUGCCUCUGCCGAUGCCCACCCCAAAUUCAACAACGCCAACCUGGCAUAUAUCGGCUUCGCUCUCCUUAACCAACAUGCCUCCGAGUAUCUCAUCACAAAGUUCCCCCGUCUCCCCAUGGCUAUUCUCUUCGCCGCCAUGAAGGGCUAUGUCGGCUCUCCAGUGUUACACCAGGUAGCUCGUGCUUGGGGUGUUGAGUCGGCCGCCGCCCCCGGCGAGGAGGUCGACCCCGGUCUGCUGCAGUUCGAUGCUCAGACUUCCUCAGUCGUCAUGACCAGAUGGGGAUACGUGCGUGCUGAGAGCGCCGAAAUCCAGCGGUUCAAGUGGAGGAGAGGUAUGAGCAGUCGGGUCAUGUACGACGAUGCUUUCGGUGAGAUGGUCCCCGGUGAGAAGGCCGUCACCCACAGAGGCGCCACCGAGGAGGACCGAAACACCAAGGACAUGGUCGUACAGGACUUCUCUCAGAAUGCGCAUGCCAAUUUCGUGAGGGCCCUCGUCGGUGCUGUCUAUGUUCACUGCGGACGCGAAGCCGCCAAGAGCUUCAUCAAGUCCCACUUCCUCACCCGAAGACUCGAUAUCGAGAACCUCUUCGAGUUCAAGCUCCCCACGCGUGAGCUCGCCCGACUAUGCGCCCGAGAGGACUUUGAGCCGCCUGUGGCCAGAUUGGAGAGCGAGACUGGUAGAUUGAGCAGGACACCCGUUUUCGUCGUCGGCAUCUACAGUGGUAGGGAUAAGUUAGGCGAGGGCACGGGAUCUGAUCUCGAUUCUGCACGUGUAGCAGCCGCCAUCAAUGCCCUGAAGGCCUGGUACUUGUACAGCCCUGGUGAGGUUGGUGUACCAAGCGACACACUCGCCGAGGAUGCGGGACCAUGGAAGCCUGCAUAUGUGGACAUCGGUGAGAUUAUCUCAUAGAGAAGGGGAAGACAAGUACGGGUCAAAAUCCAAACGGUCCUGGAUGACAAGAGAAUCCAAGGGACGGAAGACGGCUACAUGUCGUCUGUGUAAAAACCACAAGUGUACCAUCUGGUCUGAUAGACUUUCAACCAGGGAUUAGAGCGCUUGCUUGAUAUAGCGGCCUCGUGUCACAGAAUAAUGUACCAAUAUCGAAUGCACAUGUAGACAUACGGCACGCCGAACUCACUUGGGUGCAAAUAUAUCACAUUUACACU